AUGGCCGUCCUCCUCGCCCAGCACCGCGCGUCGUCCUCGUCGACCGGCCAGCCGCUCCAGUCCGACUGCAACGGCCCGCUCCUCCCGCCCGUACCUGAGCCUCUCCUCCUCCGCGACAUCCUCUACCUCUUCCAGGGCAUCGACGGCAAGUUCGUCCGCUUCCGCAACCAUCCGCCGCCGCGAGCAGGCCCAAAGCGCACCUUCGUGCGCGGCGAGAUCGUCGUCGAGGGCGGCGGCGUCGCCGACGAGCUUCCCGAGGGCGCGGCGGCCGUACCCGCAGUCGACGCGGCGAGCGCAGCGCUCGAGGACGGCAUCGAGUUCGUCGGGCUCGCCGGGAGCGGGUACAGCCUGCCCGCGCCCACGCGCGCGCUCCUGCACCAGCUCAGCGAGCUCGGGUGGCUGUACCGCAAGAUCGACGCCGCGCUCGUGCGCGCCGCCGAUUCGGCGUCGCUCGUCGCAAAGGGCAAGGGCCGCAGUCGAGCCGGCGACCGGGACCGCCGCGCCGACAAGAAGGCCGCGCCACCGGCGCCCGUCGUCGGCAUGGUCGAGCAGAGCCUGCACGCCGAGCUCAAGAAGGAGAUGACCGAGUACUUUCGGCUCGUCGCCGUGCUCGAGGCCAAGCUCGAGGGCGUCGAGGACGAGGACGAGGGCGGUCAAGGUCAGGGAGGAGGGCGCGAGGCGCUCGAGGGUCUCGCCCACGUCGAGGGCUUGUCGGGAGGGUUGACGCUGCGCAAGCUGGACGUCUGGACGCAGGACGUCCGGCUGCGGAUGCGCAUGAUGGGCACCCUCGUUGCCGAGGCCGGCGGCACCAACAUCGGCGGCGCCUUCCUGUCGACCCUGCACGUCUACACCUCGAACGGCGACCCGUUCAUCUCGUCCUUCUCGUCCCGCCUCCUCCAGACCCUUUCCGUCCCCUUCUUUGCCACCCUCAGCGACUGGAUCUACACCGGCGAGCUCCACGACCCGUACGACGAGUUCUUCGUCGCGCUCAACCCGGCGCUGCUCGAGGGUGCGGCGGGCGAGGCGGCGCGGCGACGGCAGCGAGGAGCGCGGGCAGGAGCCGAGGACGAGUACGGCGCCGACUCGAGCGGCGACGUGGGUGUCCAGGUGCACGAGCUGUGGGCGCAGAAGUUCGAGUUCCGCAAGGACAUGUUGCCGGCGUUCCUCACCGAGUCGUUCGGGCACAAGAUCUUCUCGACGGGCAAGUCGCUCAACUACAUGAAGUACAGCUGUGACGACGCCGCGUGGGUCGUCGAGCGCAGCCGGGCCGAGAUUCGCACCCUGCAGUACGCCGAUAUGGUCGACCUCGAGCGCUCGAUCGCGCUCGCCUACUCGAAAGCGUCGCAGCGCCUGUUCGAGCUCUUCUUCGACAAGUUUCGCCUCAUGGACCACCUCUGCACGCUCAAGGACUACCUCAUGCUCGGCAAGGGCGACUUUGUCGAGAUCCUCAUGGAGCAACUCGGCCCGUCACUCGGCAAGCCCGCCAACACGCUCUACCGCCACAACCUCACGUCGACGCUCGAGACCGCCGUGCGCAGCUCGACGCCGCCGUCCGAGGUCCUCACCGACGUCUUGCGCCGGCUCGACGCCCGCAUGCUCGACUUUGAGCAGGGCCAAGUCGGGUGGGACGUGUUCGUCCUCGAGUACAAGGUCGACGCGCCGCUGUCGACGGUCCUCGACCCUCUCGCGCUCGACAGCUACCGCUCCCUGUUCAAGCACCUGUGGGAGAUCAAGCGAGUCGAGUACGCCCUCAACGAGUGCUGGAAGACGCUCAUGACCAAGACGAGGCUCCUCAAGCAAGGCUCAGCCCUCGCCUACGACCUGCACCAGGCGCGCAUCUCGUUGAGCGAGAUGAUCUUCUUCGUGCGCCAGGUCGAGUACUACUGCCACCUCGAGGUCGUUGCGUGCCAGUGGGCCGAGCUCGAGGACUUUGUCGCCAAGAAGGAGGGCGACCUCGACCAACUCGUCGACGCCCACCGCAAAUACCUCACCAAGUUGACCGACAAGGCGCUUCUCAAGGCCCAAGGGCGCCGCAAGAAGGACGUCAAGCCUCUCGUCGAGCAGCUUCGCGACAUCUGGAAGGUCAUGCUCCAGUGGAAGAACGUCGCCGACGACCUGUUUGCCUACGCGAUGCAGCACGAGUCGUACGCGCGCGCCACGGCCGACUCGACUCGGUCCACCGCCCUCGUUCUUCGCCCGCCGACCGCCGAGCAGCUCGAGAAGCUCGAGGAUCGCCUCGCGAGCUACGGCAGCCUGUUCCGCGAGCGCGCGACCGAGCUCGUCGUCGGGCUCGAGCGCAGCCCGGACCUCGACAUGAAGUUCCUCGCCGUGCGCCUCAACUUCAACUACCAAUUCCGGCCGGACCCGACGAGCGCCAAGUCUGAGGCUUGAUGCCGUUCGCGGCGAGCAGUUUGUUUUACAGGUCGAGCUGUGCCCGUGUUGUACUGCCACACCUCUGUUGCGCGUCC